AUGGCUGCUGAAUCUACCCCAUCAAGAAAAAAUCAAUACCAAUUAACAUUAUCCGAUGAAUCCAAAGAAAGAAUUGUGAAACUUUUGGAUUAUUCAAAGACCAUUGCUCAUUAUGGUUUCAUUCCAUUUGUAUUGUACUUGGGUUGGGCUGCUUCACCAAACAAACCAUCGAUCUUGAACCUAUUAUCUCCUUUUCCAUCCGCUUAA